GCCGUCGGAACUGGAAGAGGAAACCUCCACCUUGCCGCCGGGAUCGGCCGCUUCCGAUGCGGUCCGGAUGGAGGCGCCUCCGGGGGAGCCUGGACAGCUGCGGGAGCCGGCGGCGGCGGAGAGAGAAGCGGCGGAAGGAGAGCCCAUCCUCUUGGCCGAGCUGAAGCCAGGGCAGCCUCAGCAAUACGACUGGAAAUCCAGCUGUGAGACGUGGAGCGUGGCCUUUUCCCCGGACGGCACAUGGUUUGCCUGGUCUCAGGGCCACUGCAUUGUCAAGCUGCUCCCAUGGCCUUUGGAGGGAACCCAGCAGAACUGCAAAGCUUCGGAGUACACAAAAGCCGAGGCCAGGGGCCGUGGCAGGGCCAAGGAGAAGACGCUGGAUUGUGGGCAGAUCGUCUGGGGCUUGGCCUUCAGCUCCUGGCUGCCUUCCCGUUCGAGGAAGCACAUCCUGUGGGCGCCGAGUCCUGCGUGUUUGGUCCUCGCCACUGGCCUGAAUGACGGGCAAAUCAAAGUCUGGGAGGUGCAGACAGGGCGCUUGCUGUUCAGCCUCUCGGGACACCAGGACGUGGUGAGAGACUUGAGCUUUGCGCCCGGUGACAGCCGUUCAAUCCUCAUCUCCGCCUCGCGUGACAAAACCCUGCGCGUCUGGGACCUGGGUCAAAACGGGAAACAACUGAAGGUGCUGUCUGGACACAUGCGGUGGGUCUACUGCUGCUGUACCUCCCCUGAUGGUCGCAUGCUGUGCUCCGCAGCUGGAGAGAAAUCGGCCCUGCUAUGGAGUAUGGAUUCCUACAGCCUCCUCAGGAAACUGGAGGGGCACCAGGGUUGCGUCGUGUCCUGCGCCUUCUCCCCGGACUCUGCGCUUCUCGCGACUGCCUCGUAUGACACCUAUGUGAUCCUCUGGGAUCCUUGCACAGGGGAGCAGCUGAAAUCUCUCUGCCACAUUCCGCUGCAGCCGGCCCUGGACCAUGGCGCAGACCUCCACGCCAGCUCCCUGCGAUCGGCCUGCUUCUCGCCUGAAGGCCUCUACCUGGCGACGGUGGCAGAUGACAGGCUCCUGAGGAUCUGGGCCUUGGAGCUGGGGAGCCCAGUUGCCUUUGCCCCAGUGAAGAAUGGGCUCUGCUGCACCUAUUUCCCCCACGGGGGGAUCAUUGCUACAGGGACAAGAGAUGGCCACGCACAGUUUUGGACGGUCCCCCAGGCCCUCUCCUCCCUCAAGCACUUGUGCCGCAAGGUCCUCCGCAGCUGCUUCACGACGUACCAGGUGCUGAAGUUGCCCAUCCCAAAGAAGAUGAAGGACUUCCUCACCUACAGGACUUUGUAAGGCUGUGACCGUGACUUGAUGGAGCAGUGCCUGCGGUCUGCUGGACGGAGGGGGCGGCUGGCCUCGCCGAUCGCUCGUGUGAUAAGCUUUGGUGUUUUGCAGUGCAGGGAGGCCCAGACGGUCUGGUUCCCCCCUGCUCCUUUUGUGUGGGUUUAUGUGGUUAAAGUGACCUUUUAUAUCUGGACAAGCACAGCUGGGCUACAGGAAGAA